GAUGAACGGAUGGAUCAAAAUGGGAUGAGAAUCUCAUCAAUAUGUUGUGUCGGAGUGUAUUAUUGCAUAUAUGGAAGUAAGCUUGCAUGAGGUUUAAAUAGAAGCGACUGGUUCCAUGUCCGGCACUUGUCGGCUAUGUGAAGGCUAAGGAAUCGCAAGCAGAUUCAGGGAGCGACAAAGCGAGAAGUGCAGAAGCACGAAAACGUCGUCGAUUUGAGAUGUGAAGUCUCGUUGCCAAUAAAUCAUGAUAUGAUGUGAAAUGAGGACUACUCAGCCAGUAUUAAUUGAACGAAUGGGGUUCAAGCCUUUAUGCCUAUGUGGUGUGUGAUGAAAAUCCGUCCUAGUACGUUGUACCGGAAUCUUUUCUACGCACUCGGAGGUUUCCUAGUCUUCUACACGGCAUACCAAGUAUUCUCCUACAGUGAUAGUUCUCAUGUUGAUGUUCAUCGCCGCCAGAAGCAUCUGUACCUGACUGUAUCGAAGGACAGGAUUGAACACCGCUUUGGGAAAUUAGCUCCCAAGCGAAUACUCCUCUGGACGACGGUUUUCGGCAAGAAAAGACCUGUGGACUUCGGCGAUUGCAAAGGUUUCUCGGAUCGCUGUAUAGUUACUUCAAACAAGUCCCUGAUCACCGCGGCAGAUGCAGUAGUGUUCCAUGCAGCCGAUAUCCCAUCUGCUCCACUUCCAGAAGCGCAUUUGCGACGACCGCACCAGCGUUAUGUAUUUCUUAGCAUGGAAACACCAGCUAACAGCGGGAGACAUGCAGUGCCUUUAAAUUUUUUUAAUUGGACGGCCACACAUUUAUUCUCCUCCGAUGUAAUAUUCAAGUAUGGCGUGUUCUACCUUUCGGCAAAGGAAGCUGAGCUCAAAGGUUUCAAAUUCGUUGACUAUCAUAUCGACGAAUCUAAGCUGUUCAGGAAGAGGAAGUCUGGCAUUUUUGGUUUGAUAUCCAACUGCCAAACAUCUUCUAAGCGUGAACUAGCAAUCAAGGAAUUGUCCAAAUACAUAAAUAUCACCAUUGGUGGGAAAUGCGCACUGGAUCCGAAGGACUUGAAUAUGUGCCCAUAUGGGGAACGUUGCGUUGAGCUUUUCGAACAGUAUCCAUUCUAUUUUGCCAUCGAGAACUCAGUAUGCAAAGACUACGUCACUGAGAAGUACUGGGAUAGAACUAUGAUUCCUAGCAUUCCUAUCGUCUUGAAGCGAAAAAUUUAUGAUUCGAGUAAUAUGCCACCACACUCAUUCAUUGCAAUGGACGACUACGACUCUCCGAAAAAGAUGGCUGCGCACUUGAAGCAACUGGAAUCAGACAAGAAAGCGUACGCAGAAUAUUUCGCCUGGAGGAAAGGUAUGUGGACGGCAGCACCAUGGAAUGCUCCUGGAUAUAGAAAUGGAUUUUGUCGACUUUGUGAAAGACUGUGGGAAGAGGAUCCACGAGAGAAAGUGAUUGAAGAUGUUUGGGCAUGGUUUGAUAAAGAAUCUCAGUGUGAACGAGAUGAGUUUGUGCAGUCAUGGAUCAAAAGUUAAUCAUGACUCUACUCGAAACUCGUUUAUCUAACAGUGAGAGUAUGAAGGAAUUUACUUUUAGUCAAAGUGGCCAUUUGAAUUUCGCAAUUUGGCUAUUUUAAUGCCGCAUCUAUAGAUGCGGGAUAAUGCGUUACAAAGCUGUCAUCCGCUCGUCCUGGUAGGGUCGCUGCACACACUGGAACCCUUGCUGGCCCGCGCUAGCCUGAUAGGGGCAGCCCCGGCAUGCGUUUUCGCCCGGCCGGGUAUGGGAACGCAA